CAAAAACACACUAAAAACGCACGUAAUUUACGUACAAAUGAGUGACACAUAAACCAAAACAACAGACCAUUGAAUAACACAAUACAGGAGUUGUGUCAACACAACCACAACAACAACACAGACACUGACUUCAAGACCUAACAUGAAGUCCAACUCCGGAACCGUUGGCAGUAAUGGUGGCCAACGGGUGGACACAUUCGCGGAACUGGUGGCCACUCUAUACGCGACCCGAUUGGCGGUUAUGGCCAGCGAUGGCACACAAAGACACUGUCGACAGGCGUUGGACACUACCAUAGAUCGGGUGCUCAACCACUUCGGACACGUGCGUCGACUCUCACUGGCCCUGAAGGACAACUCGGCGAACAACGCGCACCUCAUCCAUGAGCUGCGGCUUCAGUUCAGUGAUGGCCAGUCGUUGAAACACCGGCCAACUCAGGCGCAGCUUAAGAAACUGCAGUUUGAUUUAAUCGCUGCGAUGGCGCCCGACAUCACCACCACAUCCGACGACACCGACACCGAUGAAGACAACUGUCCCACACCUACCGACAGCCCCAACACCGUCAACACUAACCCUGUGUACAGUCACCCCUCUGUGUCCCCCACGCCGUGGUUUGAUAAGUGGAAACACAUGUUCAUUGAGACCUAUGAGCAGUCGGACCACGACUUUAUUGGCGCCCACUUUGGCUGCUUCUUCGUCAUCACUGAUCACGAGUUGGAGAGCUAUAAGGAUAUUAUCGCCUCAUUUAUCACACAGAUCAAACAGAUGUCAUGGAUCCGUUGGCUGCAGCCAGACUUCUUGCGCUACUACAUAGUGCUGUCGGAACAGUCACUCCAUACCCACCAAUCCAUGAAUACACCCAAAGGCCAACUCUUCAAAGAGUUACAGUCAGUGUAUCCCAACUCCUAUUGGCUACAAAUGGACGGACAGCCGCCGCAGACCACCGCCGAUGACUACACCGACAGCACCGGCGAUGUGUUCAACGACAGCACCACUCGGUCAGUGGUUCGGUGCGAGUCUAGCGACAGCUUUAACUACACGUCCCGCUCGUCGCCGGUGGGGCUGGAGUUGGGCGGCGACCCACUGAUGGCCAGCGGCGGCAAACCUCAUCACCAGAGCGCCGCUCGACUGAGCAGCGGUUCCAGCGACCAGUCCAUCACCAAAUCGCUGCACUCGCUGUCACUCAACGACUUGUGUCAACAGUAUCUUCAGGAGUCGACCCAACGCUCAUCAUCACCGGCGCCGCCACCGAAAUACGCCGGACUUCACGGCGCAGUCGACGCAAUGCUUCGGGAGUUUAUCGCCAAACACCUGAUCCCGUGGGCAGAGAAACACAUCAAACUAUUGGCCGACGCUGUGGCCAAACGCACGGGCUUUCGGCGCUCCCUCUUCUACAACACCAAACACUUCCUAAACUCCAUGUCUUCGUCAACAGUACUUCCCUCUCGAGGCGGCGGCCAAUCGGCGGUCGUAUAUCUGCCCGAAGCACCGGAGAUGCAACUCAGAAAACUGGGUGAUCUGGCCAUGUGUUUGACGGCCUAUGAACUCGCCUAUCAGUCCUACUACUCGGCCAAAAAGGACUACCAGACAGAGCAGGCGUGGCUUCACUUCGCGGCCGCCACAGAGGGCGCCGCCAUUGCCUCCUAUUUCACGCCCCGAUUUCAGCGCCACUACUUUGAACAGUCCAUCACAUGCUAUGUGGACACGUGUCAGGCCAUGUCAUUGGCCACCAGAGCCACAAUACUGGCCACCGAAGCCACGCGUUGGGUGUAUCCCAACGAAGCGGCGAAUCUGUUCAUUCGGAUGACCGGCGAUGACAGCGAUCUGCGGUCAGCCCUGUUCUUAGAGCAGGCGUCGCAAUGCUUUGUGGCCGCCGGCCAUCGCACCCGCAAAUCGGCCUUUCAUUACGUGUUGGCCGGCCAUCGAUACAACCGGUGCGGACUCAAGCAAUACGCUCUCCAAUCCUAUCGUCGCUUUCGGGGCCGUCAGUGGACAGCGGCUGCCGAUCACGUGAACCUAACCGUCGCGCGACUGUAUCUCUCUCUAUGGGCGGCCAAACCGGCGGUGUUUGACGACUACCGGCGCCGCGGAUUAGAGCUGUUGCGAGUGAACGCUUCCAAACACACCUUUUUUCAUGAAUUUGUACGCGAAGUGAAGCGCGAUAUCGAGUUGACGGCCAAUAGUGGCGGCGCCGAUACGCCCGACACUUACCACUAUAUAGACGUGCCGUUUGUUCAGUCCAUUGUCUGCGAGAACGGAUCCGCACCACCGCUGGUGACCGCACCCGCACUAAGAGGACUACAACCACAACCACAGCAACCAAUUGAGCCGAUGGUGUGUUUUGUUGGCGAAGAACUCACAUUCAAACUGUCGCUGAAAACACCGUUCGCUUAUGUCUUACAUCGACUCCGACUUGAGAGCGUGCCCUACCAUCUGGAGCUACGCGACAACACACCCACUGUCACCGCCAACUGA